AUGUCCAACGUCAGCUCCAUCAGUCAGUUCCUGCUCCUGCCAUUCGCAGACACGCGGCAGCUGCAGCUCUUGCACUUCUGGCUCUUCCUGGGCAUCUACCUGGCUGCCCUCCUGGGCAACGGCCUCAUCAUCACCACCAUCGCCUGGCACCACCACCUCCACACCCCCAUGUACUUCUUCCUCCUCAAUCUCUCUGUUCUCGACCUGGGAUCCAUCUCCACCACUGUUCCCAAAGCCAUGGCCAAUUCCCUCUGGGACAACAGUUGCAUCUCCUACAAAGGGUGUGUGGCCCAGCUUUUUGUUUUUCUCUUCUUGAUCUCAGCAGAGUAUUAUGUUCUCACCAUCAUGGCCUAUGACCGCUACGUGGCCAUCUGCCAACCCCUGCACUACGGGACCCUCCUGGGCACCAGAGCUUGUGCCCACAUGGCAGCAGCGGCCUGGGCCAGUGGCUUUCUCAAUGCUCUCCUGCACACGGCCAAUGCAUUUUCAGUGCCCCUCUGCCAGGGUAAUGCUGUCGGACAGUUCUUCUGUGAAGUUCCCCAUAUCCUGAAGCUCUCCUGCUCAGAAGCAAACUACCUCAGGAAAGCUGGACUGACAGUUGUAAGUGCCUGUUUAGCUUUUGGCUGUUUUGUUUUUAUUGUUGUGUCCUAUGUUGGGAUCUUCAGGGCCGUGAUGAGGAUCCCCUCGCAGCAGGGACGGCACAAAGCCUUCUCCACGUGCCUCCCUCACCUGACCGUGGUCUCCCUCUUUCUCAGCACUGGUUUCUUCGCCAACCUGAAGCCCCCCUCCAUCUCCUCCCCAUCCCUGGACCUAGUGGUGUCAGUUCUGUACUCGGUGGUGCCUCCAGCAGUGAACCCCCUCAUCUACAGCCUGAGGAACCAGGAGCUCAAGGAUGCCCUCAGGAAAUUGAUGAAUUUAUCUCUUUCUGAAGCAAUAAAGUGCCUGUUUUCUUCUGUACAGCACUUAUAG